UGUCGAGGGAUUCAUGGCUCUUCUGGUCUCGAGUCUGUUCGAUUGCAUGACGACUGUGGCAGCUUGGGCAAGAUCUGACAAGCCACGAGGAGAUGUUUAUCUGCUUCAGCACGCAAGAUUAAAAACAACCUGAAGGCGGAUCAUUGUUUGCUCCGGUCAAGGUAAUUUCCUCAUGAAAACAGCGGUUAACGAAUUAUCCUCUCAUGCGAGCAUGCAAAACAACAACAAAAAAAAAAAAAACCCAGGAGGGAUACACACAUUAUACAUUUAACAACUUUGAGAUAGAGCGCGUCACUUAUUGUUUACAUUACACUCUCAUAGAUGAUGGCUUUUUUUGGGGGGGGCGGGGGGGGGGGGACUAACAUAUAUGGCACGCGUAACAUAUGCUCUGACUGGCGAAGGAUCAACUUGGGAUCCCUUGGCUUCUUAUUUAUAAACCAAUGGGCUAGUCGAGCAUCACAGGGACGCGCACUGACGCACGCGCGCGCGCACCGACCGUGCGCAUCAUCCAGCAGCUUUGCUUUGCGCCAGAAGACGGACGCGCAAUCUGCUGCACCGACGAGGAGGAGGAGGAGGAGGAGGAGGAGGAACAGAGGAAGGCUGAGGAUGCAGUGAAAAGUCGAGGGAGGAAGGACGAUUUUUAAGAACCAUGUCGAAAAUGAGCUUGAUCCAAGGCGGCGGCCACGACGUCGUCGGCGGCCCCCGGGUGGAGGCGAGCAGAGGCGGCCUCUCGGCUGACAACGGCGGCGGGCCCCCGAGGCUCCAGCCGGGCGCGCAGCCUCCUCCCGGCGGCGGCGGCGGCGGCGGCGGCGGUCGAAGCAGAGAUGCCCGCCCCCACCAGCGGCACCAUCACCACCACCACCAUCACAACCACCACCACGGAGGAACCUCCGGCGGCACCACCAUGCUCAAGCAGCCGUCGCACAGCGAGCCCGCCGACGCCGUGAGGCGGGCGCUGGACUUCAAGUGCCAGGGCACGCAAUGCUACAAGGACAAGAAGUACCGCGAGGCCAUCGGCAAAUACCACCGCGCGCUGCUGGAGAUGAAGGGGUUGUGCCGGGUGUUCGGCGACCCGGACGGCGGAGGCUCCAAAUCGUUGCUGGCCGCCAUCGGCAAGUCCAGUCCGCUUACCGAGGAGCAGAAGGGGGCCAUGGAGAACGCCGAGCUCGAGUGCUACAACAGCCUAGCCGCCUGCCUUCUCCAGAUGGAGCUGGUCAACUACGAGCGUGUGAAAGAGUACUGUCUGAAGGUGCUGCAUAAGGAGGGGAAAAACUUUAAGGCCCUGUACCGCUCGGGCGUGGCCUACUACCACCUGGGGGACUUCCAGAAGGCCCUCUACUACCUGAAGGAGUCGCACAAGCAGGAGCCUUCAGACACUAACGUCAUCCGCUACAUCCAGCUGACGGAAAUGAAGAUCCGCCGCAGCGCUCAGAGGGAAAAAAAGGACGCCACAUAAAGAAAAAAAAGAAGACGACGACGAGCACGGAUGACUUUUCCAACUCCUCGCCACUUCUUGUCCCGCCCCUCACUUGUGUGCCGCCCGGACUUGUCAUUGUAUAGCAGUAAGGAAUGUUCCGAUGGGACUUCAAACACAGCCUGUGCACUUUUCAAACAUUUAAGUGUACAGAUGAUUUUUUUGUCUAUUUUUUUUUCUUUUCAAUCACUGCCAAUCCAAACAGGCUGAGGAGGAUACACAGAAACAACAAAAAUGCAAAAAAGUUUGUAAAGGUUUUUUUUUUUUUUUUUGCGCAUUCCAGCUGCCCUCCAACGAACAAGUCAUCUCCAAAUGGAGUCGAGUACCAUGCAACCACAAACUAUUCUUACUUUUUCGUCUUGUGCUUUCAAGGAAAAUGCAUGGAGUUUGUAAAGGCGGAAAAAGCACACCAUUUCCACCAGGAAUUGAAAAUAUACAUAUCACAAACAAGUGUACAUAAAAAAAAAAAAAAAAA